AUUAUUAUUACAUAUUACAUACCCUCUUGUUCUUUUCUUCUUCAUACAUUUUCUAACUCUUCAAAAUAUAUUCCAUUUUUUUUUUCAAACUCUUUUGUUUUUGAUAAUUUUCAUUAUCAUGGGAUAUGGAACAAGAAAACUCUUAGAUGAAUAUGAUGUUUCAGAGAUUCUAGGUAGAGGUGGAUUUUCUGUUGUUAGAAAAGGUACAAGAAAAUCAAACAAUGAUGAUGAAAAAUCACAAUCAGAAUCAAAAUCACAAUCACAAGUAGUAGCAAUCAAAACACUUAGAAGAUUAGGCACUUCAAAUAAUAUACCAAGGAAAAAAGAAGGUGGUGAGAAAAGCACACAAACCAUGUUGAACUUCCCUACAAUGAGACAAGUUUCUGUCUCAGAUGCAUUACUAACAAAUGAGAUACUUGUAAUGAGAAGAAUAGUCGAAAACGUUUCGCCGCAUCCGAACGUUAUCGAUCUUUACGAUGUUUAUGAAGACACAAAUGGUGUUCAUCUUGUGCUUGAGCUUUGUUCGGGUGGCGAGCUUUUCGAUAGGAUUGUUGCGCAAGAUAAGUAUAGUGAGACUGAGGCUGCAACUGUGGUUCAUCAGAUUGUGGCAGGGUUAGAAGCUAUUCAUAAGGCUAACAUUAUUCAUAGGGAUUUGAAGCCUGAGAAUUGUCUUUUUUUAGAUGUUGGGAAAGAUUCUAGUCUUAAGAUUAUGGAUUUUGGGUUGAGUUCUGUGGAAGAGUUUACUGAUCCUGUUGUUGGUUUGUUUGGAUCUAUUGAUUAUGUUUCACCUGAGGCUCUUUCUCAAGGAAAGAUUACUACUAAGAGUGAUAUGUGGUCUCUUGGAGUCAUUCUAUAUAUCUUACUCUCUGGGUAUCCACCUUUCAUUGCUCAAAAUAAUCGCCAAAAACAACAAAUGAUAUUGAAUGGAAAUUUUAGUUUUUAUGAGAAGACUUGGAAGGGAAUUUCACAAUCAGCAAAGAACUUGAUUUCAAGUCUUCUAACUGUUGAUCCUGAUAAAAGACCUAGUGCUCAAGAGCUUCUAAGUGAUCCAUGGGUUAAAGGUGAGAAAGCCAAAGAUGAUCAAAUGGACCCUGAAAUUGUCUCAAGGCUACAAAGAUUCAAUGCAAGACGCAAACUUCGCGCGGCUGCAAUUGCUAGUGUUUGGAGCUCCUCAAUCUUCCUUAGAACUAAAAGAUUGAGAUCAUUGGUUGGAUCAUAUGAUCUCAAAGAAGAUGAAAUCGAAAAUCUCAGAAUGCAUUUCAAGAAAAUAUGUGCAGAUAGAGACAAUGCGACUCUUAGUGAGUUUGAGGAGGUGUUAAAAGCAAUGAAAAUGCCAUCAUUGAUCCCUUUUGCAGCUCGAAUAUUUGAUUUGUUUGACAACAACCGCGAUGGAACAGUUGACAUGAGAGAGAUUCUUUGUGGCUUUUCGAGUCUCAAGAACUCCAAAGGAGAGGAUGCUCUCCGUUUGUGCUUCCAGAUGUAUGACACAGAUAGAUCAGGAUGCAUCAGCAAGGAAGAAGUAGCAUCUAUGCUAAGAGCAUUGCCAUAUGACUGUCUUCCAACUGAUAUCACUGAGCCUGGAAAACUGGAUGAGAUUUUUGACUUAAUGGAUGCUAAUAAUGAUGGAAAAGUUACAUUUGAUGAAUUCAAAGCUGCUAUGCAAAGAGAUAGCUCUCUUCAAGAUGUAGUUCUCUCUACUCUUCGCCCAUAAUUGUUUUUUUAAUUCAUGAUGUUAUGGUGUUUUAAUACUUGUACUUUUUUUUGUUGUUGCCCUUUUGAGGACUUUUUUAUUUAUGAAGUUUUCAUUCCACAAAGUAUAUUAUGUACUUUGUUUUUUUUCUUGAGGAAUUGUUUUUAUGAAGUUUUCAUUCCGCAAAGGCACAAAGCAAACAUUACUAUUAUAGAAGAGUAACAAUGUUUUUGGAUCUACCCGGAUAAUUUUGGCGUAUGAAAAAUUAAUAUAAUAGUAUCUUAUGAUCAUAUCAUUAGAAUUGUUUUGUUUAUGUAUGUUAUAUUGUAAACUUAUUAAUAGUUUAUUUAUAAAGUUUAUUUGUUAUAGAUUAAAAUAUAAAUAAUUUUUGAGUUAUUCUGAAA